AUUGUUCGAGGGCCGUGUAAUUCCGUUUUACUUCUAUUUAGAAGUUGAUAAACUGCAAUAUUGUUGUUUAUUUGCAUACAAACUGUGAACUAACAUCGCUCACGUAUUGAUGAAGAUCGUAUAUAAACGACAAUGCCAAACGAGGCCUAAAAAAGAAGCGGUUAAAAUCAUGGACUGACGCGAAAUACUGCAAAAUUUUCGUAUUUAUUUACUUUGUUUGGAGUAGUUAUAACUGUCUUCAUGUUGACGUUGUGCCACAACUACUUCCGAGUGAGUCCCAACAAUAAGAGUAGCAAGGAUGGCGUGCAGCACUUCAGUCGGAGGAAAUUCGCUUUCGGCGUAUUUCUAUUACUACUGGUGGUUGUCCUGUGGGUAUUAUCAUCAGAAUUGACGAAAUACAUAUAUAAAGAAAAGCUGGACCGGCCGUUCCUGGUGACCUAUGUGCGCAGUUCCCUGCUGUUUGUAUACUUGUUAGUUCUAUGCUUCUCGCCACCUACGAGGGAUCCUUGCAGACCUGCUGAUUACACUCAAUUAUUGGAACCAACAGCUGAAACAGAUGAUGAAAAUUAUUUCACUGAGUCUGGUAAUAGUUUGAGUGACUCAACCUUUGUCCCAGUCCGCACUGGGGAAACAACAGAUAGCGACGAUGCAGCCCCCAGAGCGGUACGCUUCAACAAAGUUGCUGAGGUGCGCGUGAUGUCAGCGGCGCAGGCAGGCGAGGCUUUACUGGCGCGGUUGUCGUGGGCGGCGUCAGUGCGAGCUUCCGAACAUGCGCAGCGCCGCGCCGCCGCUGCCGCCACUAGGAGGCAUCUACGCCUCGCCCUCGUAUUCUGCAUACCGUGGUUCAUAUCGAACUACCUUUACCGGCUGAGUCUCCUGUACACGACCACGGGUUCAGCAACGCUGUAUGUGUCCACGACAGGCGCACUCGCGCUCUCGCUGGGUGCGCUCUUCGCACAAGUGCCUGCAGACCGAUUCAAUCUUUCCAAAUGCAUCGCAGUUUUGCUCACCGCUGCUGGACUGGUGGUGUUAGGCGUAGCAGAAAGCGAUCAAGGCAACUGGAAAGCAUUGCUCGCGGCAUUGGGAUCUGCUGUGUUCUACGCAGUGCAUUUGUUGCUGUUCAGACGCGAGCUCAGGAAAGGAGACGGCAUAAAUGCUCCUCUUCUUGUUGGUGUAUGCGGCAGCGCAUGCGGUUGCCUGGGCUGGGCACUAGGCGGUUUAUUAGCGGCAGGAGGGGCCGAGCCGGCUUCUUUACCCCCUCCGCGCCACUUCAGCUGGCUAUUACUGGAUGGAGCACUGGGGCCACUAUUGCUCGAGUCACUAUGGCUUUGGGGUCGGUCUCUAACAUCGCCUCAAACAGCGAGUACAGUGAUCGGGCUGUGCAUUCCACUCGCGUCAGCAGUCGACAUGUGCCGCAGCGGCGGCUGGUGGCGCGGCGCGGCCGCGGCGUUGGCCGCCGCCGGAUGGGUGAUUGCUCUUAUGGAUCUGCCACGUACGCCUGCCAACUGGUUAACUACUAGGUUACGAGCUGCCGAGGGAUUUUCAGCAAUAAGAAAUCUUCCCGAAUUAGAUGAGCAGUCCGAAGCUCUGAUGUCAUCAGACGAGCCGACGUAGCGAUCCCACAGACGCGUCACUGGUAACACUUUGUAAGGCUGAACAGCUUAUGAGACUACACGAUUGACGUAUCUUCAAACAUGAAUCACACAAAAAUAUUUAAAUAAGAAUUGAUUUAAGACAUUUUAAAAGUCUUAUGAUGUUUUGAAACAAGGGUGAAGUGAUUUGUAACCGUUGUUUUAAUAUUUUAAGAUCCUGUUAAGAGUAUUUACCAUGUCUAUGAGCCGUAUAAAUUACCGUACAUAGAGUUUGAUAAAAAAAAGCCCUUAAAAUUAACAAUACCUACUUUUGUUGUUCAUUGGCUACAUUAUUACAUAUAUACUGGGUUAUUUGUAAAAUACUAACAACCUUGCAGGACUAUACUACUAAUUUUAUAAACAACAACUUUUGUUCUAUGAAUUUUAUUAAUUUCUUAUAAAACUAUUAAGAUCGCUCAUAACGGUUUUAUCUCUUUGAGGUAACAAAAGAAUGCGCUAGCGUAAAUACCAGCCCGAUACAAAUUGCAGGAGCGAGACUGGGCAUCGUCGGGGAGGACCCUUGCACUUGUGAACUUACUAUUUUACAACCAAAUACCGAUUCAAUAAGUCUCAGAUAGGACUACAAAAACUUUAAUGUUUAUUUUUGGUAAAUUUGUUAUGUAUUGUAAAAAGUCGUGGAACUAAAGUUGUUAUGAUGUUUGUAAUUUAGUCAGGUGAGGUUGUUACUAUAUUACAAUAAGUAAUAUAUACCAAAUACUG